AUGCUGAUGGCAACAUGUAUCCGCAAUAACCUUAGUCCUCUCCUGUCGCGCUGUUGGAGUUGCGCCGCCUUGCGCCAGAGGCAGCGGCGGGGCCUGCUGUUCUCCGCAGUGACACGGAGAGUUAUUAACAGUCAUGCUGCUGCUGCCUGUUAUUCAGCGCGGUGCUACUCUCAACGACAUCGCAGUGAAGUGCAUGGACCAUUAUGUUCAAAUUUGCGCCCUAGUGUAAACUCCCCCUUUACCACCACAACAGAGCAGAGCACAAAAGCACCCAGAACAAUGUCAGCAAGUAAUUGUCGAGGCGAGGCGGAGCUCUUGCAAGUGCUGCAGAGCUUGGGUUUAAGUCUUCCAACUAUUUCUCAUGAAGAGAAGCACACGGUGGAAGAGGCGAACAAGGAACUAGGUCGAUUUGAGGUCCCUUGCAUUGGCACCAAGAACUUGUUUCUCAAGAGUUCAAAGGGUGAAUUGGUUCUCGUUUCAGCAUUACAUACAACCAAAACUAACAUGAAAACGGUACAGAACGCCAUGAAAACGAAGGACCUCCGCUUUGCGUCGGAAGACCUUUUACUUGAAAAGUUGGGUGUUGUGCAGGGUAGCGUGACACCCUUUGCAUUGGUUAAUAAUGGCGCGAAGGACGUAAAAGUCGCCCUGGACAAGGCGUUGGUCGACAGCACCCUUCCAGUUGUUUUUCAUCCAUGUCGUAACGACAAGAGUACUUUAAUAACACCGACGCAGCUCCAGGAUUUCUUGCAGAAAAUUGAUUUUCCAUAUAUUGUUGUCGACUUUUCAGAGAAGGCGACCACCGCGCCCGCCACUACUGAUGCAAAAAAAACAAAGGUGGCGCCCGGGCCCUCGGUAGGCGAAGCCAAGGGAGACACCAAGGGCGAAACCAAACUGGGAAUCAUGGCGAGUCGACGCGAUAACUUCUCUCAAUGGUACACGGAGGUUAUUACGAAGGCGGAAAUGAUUGAGUAUUAUGACGUCUCCGGUUGUUACAUAAUGCGUCCUUGGUCCUUCUUUAUUUGGAAAAGCGUCCAAAAGUUCUUUGGCAGCCGCAUUGAGGCGAUGGGUGUUGAGGACUGCUAUUUCCCUAUGUUCGUGUCCAAGACGUGCUUGGAGCGGGAAAAAGAUCACAUUGAAGGCUUCGCCCCGGAGGUGGCAUGGGUAACCAAAGCAGGCGAAUCCGACCUCGAAGUUCCCGUCGCGAUUCGUCCCACAAGCGAGACAGUUAUGUACCCGUACUACGCCAAGUGGAUCCGUUCGCACCGGGACCUUCCAGUUCGCUUGAAUGCAUGGAACAGUGUUGUGCGAUGGGAAUUUUCACACCCUAUGCCUUUCAUUCGUACGCGGGAGUUCCUCUGGCAAGAGGGUCACUGCGCGUGGCAGACCGAAGAGGAAUGCUCCCGUGAAGUUUUGGAAAUUCUUGAUCACUAUGCGGCUGUUUACACUGAUCUACUUGCCGUACCAGUUGUGAAGGGCAAAAAGACGGAAAAGGAGAAGUUUGCUGGGGGGUACUACACGACAACAGUGGAAACAUACAUUGCAGCUGUCGGUCGUGGCUGCCAGGGUGGCACCAGUCACAACUUGGGUCAGAACUUCGGAAAGAUGUUCAACAUUUGUUUCCAGGACCCAGACAAAAAUGAUGACUCAACCCUGAUUCCGUGGCAAAAUUCGUGGGGUUUGUCCACCCGUGUCAUUGGUGUUACCAUUAUGGUGCACGGUGAUGACCGCGGCAUAGUAUUGCCACCACGCGUUGCCUGCUUGCAGGUUGUUAUAAUUCCCGUUGGCAUCACCAAAGACACUCGACAAGAACAGCGCAACGUGCUUCUGGACGGGUGUAAGGCACUCGAAGGGGAGCUCCGCACCGCUGGCAUCCGGGUGAAGGCUGACCUGCGCAACAACUACAGUCCCGGCUGGCGCUUUAACCACUGGGAGCUUAAGGGUGUGCCUGUCCGUGUGGAACUUGGACCGAAGGAAAUGGAAACGAAACAGUUAUCGUUGGUAUUGCGCUGUGACGGUCAACGUCGCAGCGUACCCUGGGACGGUCGCAUCGCUGAGACAAUGUCUGACUUGCUCAACGAAAUUCACAACAUCAUGUUCCAGAGGGCAUCGAAGGAGGCGGAGGAGAACCGAAAGAAGAUAACGCGAUGGGAUGACUUCACUGCAGCAAUUAACAAUAAAUCGCUCGUGCUCGCGCCGUGGUGUGGCGCCGAAUCGUGCGAAGAUCAGGUGAAGAAGGACAGCGCUGAGGAGUCUAAGGCAUUGCAGACCCAAGAGGAGCGGGAGGACGCCCGUGCGCCGAGUAUGGGAGCGAAGGCUCUGUGCAUACCGUUUGAACAGCCCGAAUCUGUGGAAGGAAAGAAGUGCAUAUGCAGAUCUUGUGAUAAACCGGCGCAGAAGUGGGUUUUAUUUGGGAGAAGCUAUUGA